UCUCAGCUACCGUCACCCAGUUCCCUUCCGAUUCGUUCUCCUUUCCGGUCUUUCCGCUCUGAGGGAAGACCACAUGGUCUCGGCCGAAUCUGGCUGUAGGAACAGUGCACAGAAGACGAACAGGUACUUGAUGUGUGCGGGCUGGGCGCUGGUGGAAAUAGAACCUCGUGGUCUGUAGGAACCGGAGGGAGAUAACUGAAGCCUAGCGUCUGCUGCGCUUGCGGCGCAGUCUACCUUAGAGCUACUUGAUUAUCAACGCAUACAUUUUCGUGGAGAAGCCUCGUGUGUAUAUUCAGCCAUGGCACAACUCCAGGCACGUUUCUACACAGAAAACAAGAAAUACGCAGUGGAUGAUGUUCCUUUCUCAAUCCCUGCCACUGCUGAAGUUGCCGACCUUAGUAACAUUAUCAAUAAAUUGCUGGAGACCAAAAAUGAACUCCACAAACAUGUUGAGUUUGAUUUCCUUAUCAAGGGCCAGUUUCUUCGAGUGCCCUUGGUCAAACACAUGGAACUGGAGAACAUUUCAUCGGAAGAGGUUGUGGAACUAGAAUAUGUGGAAAAGUACACAGCGCCCCAGCCGGAACAGUGCAUGUUCCACGAUGACUGGAUCAGCUCUAUUAAAGGGGCAGAAGAAUGGAUCCUGUCUGGUUCUUAUGAUAAGACUUCUCGGAUCUGGUCCUUGGAAGGAAAGUCAAUAAUGACCAUUGUGGGACAUACAGAUGUUGUGAAAGAUGUGGCCUGGGUGAAAAAAGACAGUUUGUCCUGCUUACUACUGACGGCCUCGAUGGACCAGACUAUUCUCUUAUGGGAGUGGAAUGUAGAGAGGAACAAAGUGAAAGCUCUGCACUGCUGCCGAGGGCAUGCUGGGAGUGUGGACACCAUCGCAGUUGAUAGCUCGGGAGCUAAGUUUUGCAGUGGUUCCUGGGAUAAGAUGCUAAAGAUCUGGUCUACAGUCCCUACAGAUGAAGAAGAUGAAAUGGAAGAAGCCACAAAUCGACCAAGAAAAAAGCAAAAAACAGAACAAUUGGGACUAACAAGAUUUCUCCGUUCAGAUGGUUCUUUGGUGUCACUGUCCCUCACCUCACACACCGGCUGGGUGACAGCAGUGAAGUGGUCUCCUACCCAUGAACAGCAGCUCAUCUCGGGCUCGUUAGAUAACAUUGUGAAGCUGUGGGAUACAAGAAGCUGUAAAGCUCCUCUAUACGAUCUAGCUGCUCAUGAAGACAAAGUUCUAAGUGUGGACUGGACAGACACAGGGCUACUUCUGAGUGGAGGAGCAGACAAUAAAUUGUAUUCCUACAGAUACUCCCCUACCACUUCCCAUGUGGGGGCUUGAAAAUGAAUGGCUGAGAAGAGACUUCUUGUUGGGUCUUCUUUUAAUUCUUAGUGUCUCACUGUUAUUUCAUAAACUGAAUGAAAUUGGAGAGAGGACUUAUAAUACAGCUCAGCUGGUAGAAUGCUUGUUGAAACUAUGCAAAGCUCUGCACACUAUAUCUAGCACUGCACAAAGAAAAAUGGGCAUGGUGGUGCAUUCCUGUAAUCCUAGGUCCUAGAGGUUGGAACCAAGAGAAUCAGAAAUUCAAGGUCACCCUCAGCUGUAUAGUGAGCUUAAAGGCAGCCAGCCAUGGUUACUUUAGGCUCUGUCUCCGUAAGAAAUCAAAGGAUAAUUCUCUGAUAUCAUUGUCAAUGCAAUACAGGAAGCAGCCUUUUAAAAUUUGGAUAACAGUUCAUCUUUCAUAAUAGCAACAUUUUAUUGUCUUUGUCCUUCAUGUUUAUAAAAUACAGUAAAUAUGUGGCCUGAAUUC